CAAAUCGUUAUCAUUUUAAGUUGUUCCGCGUUUCGAAAGAAUUUCGUCGCGAAGUAGUGAUGUUCUUUAAAACAUUACCACUUUUUACUUUCUUUUCUAUAUUUCUUGUUUCGUGUAAAUGCAAGAAUUUGACUAUAGAGGAAUGUCUCACAAAGAUUGAAAAACUGGAUGAAAGACUCCAAAAUCUGGAGAGUAUUUCAAGCGAUUCCCGCAGUAUGUUACUACCAUCCGGUGGAUCAGUCCAUUCUAAAGUAGCAUUUUAUACACAACUGUCUAAAGAUGUCGAUCACCUUGGCAACCAUCAAACUAUUGUAUUUGAUACCGUUACUACUAAUAUUGGAGGCGGGUACAAUCCGGCCGAUGGAAUAUUUACGGCCCCAGUCACAGGGACAUACGUGUUUUUCUGGCUGAAUACUAAUAGAGAUCGUAGUUCUAUGGACACUGAGCUAGUGAAAAACGCUGUUGUUGUUGGAAAAUCGUUUUCAGAUGCAUACCAACAUCUGGAUUAUGCAGCGUCUUCCAACACAGCUGUUUUGCAAACCACAAGAGGAGACGAGAUCUGGGUUCGGUCUGGGACUCGGCACAGCAAUGUGAUCACUGGAGAGUACUUCUCAACGUUUUCUGGCUGGCUCCUGUACGAAGGCUGAAUUGAAUAGCUUCCUGUCGUCUGCAACACUGUAUGUAUUAUAUAUACUGAACAAAACAGCUAUCCCACAAUUUGCUUUUUUGCCAAUAUCUUAAAAUUACUAUAAAUUAUGCAUACGUUUAAAUCAGUAUGUUGUUAAUAACAAUCAUAAUUUUAAAAAUAUGGAAAUACGUAAAGAUAUAACUUUAUUCAUUUCCCUUUCACGCUCAUUUUUUUUUUAAAAAUCACAAAAUACACGUGCAUAAAAGCUAUGUUUUGAUAAACGGAUGAAUACAAUUUAUUAAAAUAAACAGAUGUAUUAAUUAUUAUCUUUUUACGAGGAAAUGGUUAAAUAUCAUAAAAGCAU